CCGAGAAAGAAAGGCACAGUUGUCAACACUGGUUGCAUCCUCAUUCUCAUCCGCUGUAAAUCGACGAGCUGCGAAGAUAUUAGAAAAUGUCUGGAGUCACUAAUCAAGAGGAGGACAAGAAGCCCACCGAUCAAUCGGCUCACAUCAACCUCAAGGUCAAAGGCCAGGAUGGUAAUGAAGUAUUCUUCAGGAUUAAGAGAAGCACUCAACUGAAGAAGCUUAUGAAUGCUUACUGUGAUCGACAGUCAGUGGAGCUCAACUCUAUUGCAUUUCUGUUCGAUGGUCGCCGGCUUCGUGGGGAGCAAACUCCAGAUGAGCUGGAAAUGGAAGAUGGGGAUGAGAUAGAUGCAAUGCUGCAUCAAACAGGCGGUGCUAUUGCUUAAUAUGUUGGUUUGUUGAACCUUAAUUUUCAAAGGGGCAAAGUAUUAGUAGUGAAUGAAUUAGGAUCUCUGUAAAACAAUGUCUAGAACUUUUUCACCUGUUGUGCAUUCCCAUCUUUUCUUAACUCUGUUUACCAAAUAUCUUAAUACUUGUGAUAUUGUGUGGAGCUUGGCACUAUCUCUGAUUUUACAAGGAUAAUGAAGCUUGUUGCUUCACGGGGCCUUUCAAUUGCUA